AUGUAUAAGGAAUCGUCUCACGAUGAGUUGUCUAGUGAAGAUAAACAUCAAAUCGUUCCACAAGAUUGGCUCAAAACCAAACUCCUUAAAAUUGUUUACGUCUUUACAGAAAGAAGAGGCGUUUAUUAUGAAGCAGCAGUGCCCGAAGAUUCAAUCGGACCUGGUGCCAAGACUGGCAAAAAACCAACUAUUGGUACAUCUGUGGGGGGUUUGAUAGAGCGGAGAGCUUCAAAAGAUAUUCCUAGGAAUGCAAUAGAAUAUGAUGAAGAAGGGCUUCCUUUAGGUACGCCACUUCAACCUGGCGACGAGACUUUACCUUGGAGAAAAGGCCGUGUUCUUCAUCGAUCACGGCCGACAAGCAUUACACCUUGGCGAAAAACGAAACCACGAUCACGAGAUGGGUCGUUAGACAAGAAAAUGAAAAUAGCAGAAGUAGAAAUGGUAAAGCCGUGGACUGAGGAAGAAGUAGUCUUGAAAAAGGCUCCUCAUGUCAUCAAAGAGCAACCAAAAGAAAAAGUCGAAGAAGUGGAACUCCGACCGGCUAAAACUGAGAAGAGGGUGACAAGAAAAGAAAGUAUUGAGUAUGUGGAACUUAAACCCAUUCCGAAAGAAUCAACAUUAGAUGAUGUCAUUUUACAUAGGUUAUUAGCUGAUGAAACUGAUGCACAACAACAGUAUCUGGAAGAAGAGGAUACAUCACUUUUAAGUAUAACUUCUAAGACUGAAAUGACUCUUAGGAAACCAAGGAAAGAGGUAGAUAAAGUGGAAGAAGUGACUGAAGAAACUGAGAAAAUUAAACCAUGGACUUCAGAAAAGAUUACUUUGAAGAAAACUAAACCUGAGAGGAAAGAAAUUCCUAAGGAAACGAUAGAGGAAGUAGAUUUGAAACCAACAAAGCCUGAGAGAAGAGAUAUCGAGAAAUCUAGCUUAGAGCAGGUAGGUCUUAAACCGGUUUUAAAUAAUGAAAAGACAAUUGUUCAAAAGACAGCAGUUAGAAAAGAAGAUUAUGUCGAGGAAGAAGAUAUUACAUUAUUAGAUGUUUCUAGACAAGUUGAUAUGACUAAGAAGAACAUUAAGAAAAUAGCUGAAGAAGAAAAGUCUGAUCAACCUAAACCAUGGACUGAAGAACAAAUCACUUUGAAAAGGGCUAAAACUCAAAGGAAAGAAAUUCCUAAGGAAACUGUAGAAGAAGUUGAACUGAAACCUGCUAGACCUGAAAAGAAGGAUAUUAUUAAAACUACACUUGAACAAGUUAGUCUAAAACCUGUAACCAAGGAUGAGACAACUGUGAUAACAGAAAUAACAUUGCAGGCAGGUGAUUAUGUCGAGGAAGAAGAUGUUUCAUUACUUGAUGCAACUAAGGAGGUUAAUGUAACAAAACGACCUAUCAAGAAAGUUCUAGUUGAAGAAAGACCUGAUCAACCGAAACCAUGGACCGAAGAAAAAAUUACUUUAAAGAAGGCCAAACCGCAAAGUAAAGAAUUCCCUAAGGAAACUUUAGAAGAAGUUCAAUUGAAACCUUCUGGACCAGAAAAGAGAGAUGCUGUUAAAAGUACUCUAGAACAAGUUAGUCUCAAAACAGUUACGAGGGAUCAGAAAACCCUAUUACAGGAAAUAAGUCAGGAAAAAGGACAUUAUGUUGAGGAAGAAGAUACAACAAUGCUGGACGUAUAUAGAGAAACUGAUGUGACUCAUCGUACUAUUAAAAGGGUGCCACAAGAAGAAAAAACUAAGCCUUGGACAGAGGAAAAGAUAACACUGAAAAAGUCAAAGGUAGAACAAAAGGAAAUACCAAAAGAAAUUUUAGAAGAAGUUGAAUUAAAGCCAUCCAGACCAGUGCAGAAAGAUAUUGCGAAACUUACUCUUGAGGAAGUAGAUCUUAAACCUAAAACUAAAUACAUAAAGGUGAUUAGUGAAAAAACUAAAGAAACACGAGAAUUUGUAGAAGAAGAAGAUACUGCAACAUUACUUGUUUCGAAAGACAUAAGUGUAGGUCAACGUAGGGUUGAGAAAGUUCCAGAAGAAGAAAAACCUCAGCAACCAAAACCGUGGACUGAAGAGAAAGUGACUCUGAAAAAAGCAAAGUUGGACAGGAAAGAAAUACCGAAAGAAACUAUUCAAGAAAUUGAUCUGAAGCCAACCAGGCCUCAGAAGAAAGAUGUUUCGAAACAUUCUCUAGAACAGGUUGAUUUGAAACCACUAACUAAAGUGGAUGAGAAAGUGGCGACAGAAUAUGUCACAGACGAAGACUCUACAUUAUUAAAGAUAUCUAGAGAAACUGAUGUUUCCCAACGAAGUGUUGGCCAAGUUCCAAAAGACGAUAAGCCUGACCAAGCAAAACCUUGGACGGAGGAAAAGAUCACUUUGAAAAAAUCUAAGCCUGAAAGAAAAGAAAUUCCAGAGGAGACCAUUGAACAGAUUCAGUUAAAACCUACUAAACCUAAAAAACCAGCUAUUAGAGAAACAAACAUAGAGCAAGUUAAACUUAGAUCAGUAGUUACUGAAAGUGUCAGAACUGUUAACAAAGAAUCUGAUAAAGGUGAUUAUCUUGAAGAGGAGGAUAGCACUAUGAUGACGGUUUCUGAAGAUAGGGAUGUAAGACUUGAAAUAACAAAGAAACCUAAAAAAGAUGAAAAACCUGAACCUCUUCCCUGGACACAAGAAAAAAUCACGCUCAAGAGGGCUAAGCCUGAAAAGAAAGAAUUACCAAAGGAGCAAAUAGAAGAUAUUCAAUUAAAACCAGUUAUAGUAGAGAAGGCUACAGUUUUAUCUACAAAGAUUCCAUACUCAGAACGGACAGAUACAACUUCAUUGCAUUUAAAGUCUGAUUUAGAAGUAACAACUGUUGAGAAGGAUAAAAAAUUAGUUGAAGAAGAGAAAAUUGAAGAAAUGGCUGUUUCCUGGCGCAAAGGGAAACAGAGACCUACGGAAAAAGCUGCUUACCACGAAGAGGAGGAUGAGCAGAUUCUCGAUAUUGAAAAGACAGAAAAACCCACUUUGAAAAAGGAGGAAACUCCUUUAACGAAGCAUGAUGAAGGCACUGAAGAGACAAAUCAGAAAACAGCAGUAUCGUGGCGACGAGGUAUAAAGAAGCCCACUGAAAAGACCCCAUAUCAGGAGGAAGAGGAUAAAAAAAUUGUUCAAGUCGAUAAAACAGAAAAAAUAACUACUGAAUUGAGCCUGAAACCAAAGCUUGUACCUGAAGAAAAACCUGAGGAAGAGAAACCAACGGAACAAACUUCGCUUCCUUGGCUUCGAGGAAAAAAGGCACAAAAGAAAGAAGUGAAGGUAGAAGAGGAAAUAAUUGAAGACAUUAGAUUUGUAGCACUUAAGCCUACAAAACGUGGCCCAAGGCCUGAAGAACGAAAGGAUACCGAGGAAGUUGUAUUAAAACCAGUAAAACGAAUACCGAAGGAAGAAGAAUCCGAAGAACAAAUUAAAUUGAAACCUAUUCCAAAGCCUACACCUGAAGAGACAGAAUACUCGGAAAUUAAAUUGAAACCUUUCAAGAAAAUAAAACCAGAGGAACGGGAAAGUGUUGACAUUAUACUAAAGCCUUUUGAAACGGAAAAACCCGAAGAGAAGAAUAAGGUUGAAAUUAUACUGAAACCUUCUAAGAAAGUAAAGCCAGAAAAGCCGGAAAAAGUAGAAAUCAUUUUGAAACCAUUUGAGAAUGAAAAAUUAAAACCUGCUUCGCUGGGAGAAGCACCCAAGGAAGAAAAACCAUCAGAGGUUACGGAAUUACCUUGGCGUCGAGGGCCGAAAAAAGUAAUUGAAAAACCUGGCGAAUAUGAUCAAGAACAGAUCAUAUCAGAAGAAGAAAAGCCAACUGAGAAAACUCCCUGUCAAAUGGAGAAGGCAGUAGAAAAAAUCAAAGUUGAAGAAAAAAUAGAAGACUUCAGUACAAUUUCUUUGAAGCCAGUGAAACGAGGAAAGAAACCAGAGGAAGAAAAGGAAAAAGAAGAAAUAGUAUUAAAACCAUUAAAAAAGACUCCAAAAGAAACAGAAACUGUAGUAGAAAUAAAAUUGAAACCUAUCGAGAAACCUGUAAAACCUGAAAUAGAAAUUGUUGAAAAAAGUGCUGAAACCAUUUUGAACCGAGGAAAGAAAAAACCGAUAAAGAAAGGCGAACAAGUAGAGGAAAAAAUACAGGAAAGUGAAAUUUUAGAAGAUGUUAUAGUAGAAGAUAAAAGAGAAGCUUCUGCAAUAUCGUGGCGUAGGAAACCAGUAGAGAAAAAAGUAGAAGAUGUUCAACAAGAGACCGAAGUUAAGGAUAUUACAUCGGUUGUUUUGAAGACUACGAAACGUGGAAAGAAACCGGAAGAACGAGAGGAUAAGGAAGAGAUUAUUUUAAAACCCGUUAAACCAUUACCUAAAGAAGAAGAAAUGCGUGCAGAGAUUAAAUUGAAGCCUGUACAAAAGGAAGCACCCGAGAAAGUAAAGGAGCAGCCACAUGAUAUUACCGUAAUAUUAACAGAACAAACAAAAACGCAGAAUAUUGUGGAACAGGAAGAAAUUAAAGAUAUUACAACCAUUUCGUUAAAACCAGUAAAGAGGAAGCCUAAACUUGUAGAGAAGGAAGAAAAGGAGAAAGUAAUUUUGAAACCGAUGAAACGUACAAGCAAAGUAGAAGAAACUAUGAAAGAAAUAAUUCUUAGUCCACUAAAGCCGGAAGAGAUUAAACCUGAUGUGUCAAUUGAAGAAAAACCAGAAGAAAAAGCUGAGUUACCAUGGAGACGAGGCAAAACACCAAAGAAGGUUGAAAAAACGAUCGCAGAAAUAACAACAGAAAUGGUCGAAGAAACAAAACUUGAAAUUACACCAGAAGAAGUUUCUGAAGUACCUGACAAUGAAAAACUUGAAGAGGUUGCAGAAUUACCAUGGAAGCGAGGAAAGAAGCCAAAGAAGGUUGGAAAAACUACUUUAGAAAUAAUAGCAGACCAGGUCGAAGAAGUUACACUUGAUUUAAAACCAGAGGAGGUUCCUAAAGUACCGGAGGAACAUAAACCUGACGCGGUUACCGAGUUACCAUGGAAGCGAGAAAAGAAACAGAAAGAGCUGGUUGAAAAGCCAACGCCCAAAAUUGAUUUGGAUGAAGUUCCUGAAGAAAAGCCAGAAGAAAAGGAAAAGGCGCCUUGGAGACGCGAAAAGAAGACAAAAUCCGAACAAAAAGUAGGAGAAGUUGAAGACUUCACUGCUGUAACUUUACAGAAGGCCAAACGUGUCUUAAAACCAGAACAACAAGAAGGUAGGGCAGAAGUCACUUUGAAGCCUGUUAAACGCUUACCAAAGGAAGAAGAAGCUAAAGAGGAAAUCAAUUUGAAACCAGUAAGACGUCUACCAAAGGAGGAAGAAACUAAAGAGGAAAUUAAACUCAAACCUUUCAAGAAAGAGGUAGCGGAACGGAAAGAAAAAGAAGAUAAAGUUUUGAAACCAAUUAAACGUCAGAUACCUGAAGAAAUUGUGAAAGAAAAGAUAGACUUGAAACCAGAAGACCUUCCUGAAAUACCGGAGGAACAGAAACCUGAUAUGGUAACAGAUUUAAUAUGGAAACAAGGGAAAAAACCAAAGAAAGUCGAAAAAUCUACCGCAGAAAUAACAACAGAGCAGGUUAAAGAAGCUAAACUUGAAAUCAAACCGGAGGAAGUUCCUGAAGUACCUAAAGAACAGAAACCUGAAGAGGUUACAGAGUUACCAUGGAAGCGAGAAAAGAAACCAAAGAAGGUUGAGAAAACUAUAGCAGAAAUAACAGCAGAGCAGGCCGAAGAAGUUACAUUUGAUAUAAAAUCAGAGGAGGUUCCAGAAAUACCCGAAGAACAGAAACCUGAAGACGUUACUGGGUCACCAUGGAAGCGGGGAAAGAAACAGAAGAAGCAAGUUGAAAAGCCAACUACAAAAAUAGCUCCGGAUUUCGUUUCUGAAGAAAAACCAGAAGAAAAGGAAAAAGUACCUUGGAGGCACAAAAAGAAGACAAUAUCCGAGGAAAAAUUAGAAGAAGUCGAAGACUUUACUGCUAUAACAUUGCAGAAAGCAAAGCGUGUCAUGAAACCAGAUAAACAAGAAGAUAAGGAGGAAGUCACUUUGAAACCUGUUAAACGAUUACCAAAAGAAGAAGAAACUAAAGAGGAAAUCACUUUGAAACCUGUGAAACGUUUACCAAAGGAUGAAAAAAUUAAAGAGGAAAUUAAACUCAAACCUUUCAGGAAAGAAGAACGAAAACGGGAAGAAAAAGGAGAAAAGCCUUUGAAGCCAAUUAAACCUACGAAAAUCGAAGAAAUUGAGGAAGAAGAGAUUGAUUUGAAACCUGCACCUAAGAAGGAGAAACGAGAAGAAGCAUCUCAGCCGGAAAUAGUUGAAGAGAUGCCGGAAGAAAAAACAGAAUUACCAUGGAUUCGAGGUGAUAAGACACAUGAGAAAGUAACUGCAAAUAUAAAGGAGCGACCUGAGGAAGAAAAACCUCAAGAAACUGCAACUAUGCCAUGGAGAAAAGCUAAGAAACCAUCUAAGAAAGUUGUAGAAUUUAAUGAAGAUGUAACUGUAGUUCAAAUUAAUCAAGAGGAAUUGGUGACAGAAGUUACUGAAACACAGCAAGAACUAGAAACACUGGUUUCAGAAAAAGUUGUCGAAGAGAAACCAGAGCAGAAAAUUGAAGCACCUUGGAUUCGCAGUAAAAAGAAAGAAAGGCAAGUAAAGCCAAAAUCCGAACAGCCAGAACAGUUAACUGAAGAACAAUUUACGGAUGAUGAAACUAUGAUUGAUAAAGCAGAAAUUACUGUAAUGAAAACUAAAGAUGUAAAACUCGAAGAAGAAAAAGUUGAAGAACUUCUACUAAAACCUACAAAACGCGGUAAAACAAAGGAGGUUCCAGAUGAAAAAGAAGAAAUUACAUUAAAACCAAUUCCUAAGAAAGUAAAGGAAACGAAAACGCCAGAGGAAAUUACGUUAAAGCCAGUGAAGAAAGACAAAUACAAGAAGGAGCCAAAGCCUGAAAAAAUGCUUGAACCUGUCUCUCUUCCCGAAGAAGAAACUGACGAAAUAACUGAGGAAGUCAAAAUCGAUCUCGCGAAAAAAGAAAAGCAACCAAAGAAAACCGAAAAGCCCCAAGAAAUAGUCGAAAUGCCAGAAGAAGCUAUGGAAGUACCUAAAGAACUUGUUCCUGAAGUUGUAGACGUAAGCGAAAGUAUUUCAGAAGAAACUGUAAUAUCAACCGAAGACGUUAAUAUUCAGAAGAAACGCAUGACUGUGAAAAUUGACGCUACGCCUAUAGAAAUCACUGAAGUUGAAGAUGUGCGACAAGAAAAUCUUGAAAUCACUGUGGAAACAAAGAAACAAGAGAAGCCUAAACGAAAACAACGAACUCAAAUUGAAAUUUCAAUUACUGAUAAAGAGAAAAAGAUUGCACCUAGGUUUAUCCAGAAAUUACAACCAGUAAUAGUAGAAGCUGAUAAGCCCGCGAAAUUCACUUGUACCGUGACUGGUACUCCCUUCCCACAGAUAGCUUGGUACCGAAAUGAACAAGAACUUCAUGCGAGUAACAAAUAUGAAAUGAACAUUGUGGAAACUACCGCUACCUUAGAAAUAAAGAAUGCCAAGGAAGAAGAUGUUGGCAUGUAUUCGUGCAGGGCUUCAAAUCCUGCUGGAGUUGCUACAUCCACCGUCAAUCUCGUUAUAUUUGAAAAAGAAGAAGAAGGUACUGCUCCGCACUUUGUCACACCAAUCAAGCCUGUAAUGGUAGAAGCAGAUAAGCCAGCAGUCCUUGAAUGUACUGUAACUGGAAAGCCAGCACCUGAAGUAAAAUGGUAUCAAGGUGAGAAAGAAGUGAAACCAAGGAAAGGAAAAACGGAAAUAACUUUCAGUCCUGAAACUGGAGAUGCUAAAUUGAUGAUCCUCAAGCCUACAUCUGCAGAUGAGACCAUUUAUCGCGUACGAGCUGUUAAUAAAUUUGGGAGGGCUGAGUGCAGAGCAAAUCUCCUUGUUAGUAAUGCAGCUGUUGUAUCAAAACCAGAAAUUAUGCAAGCUCCAAAGAUUACAAAACCACUUCCAGCAUUAGUGGCUCAGACUGGAAAGCCGUUGACUCUAGUCGCAGAGUUCGAAAGUACUCCAAAACCAGAAGUUAAAUGGUUUAAAAACGGAUUAGAAAUUGCGCCAACUGAUGAUACAGUUGUCAAUGUAUAUGAAAGUACAGCAGAACUUAUCAUUCCUGAUGCGACUAAAAAGGAUAGUGGAAAAUACGAAAUAAGAGUACAGAAUCCGGUUGGUGAAGCUAGAAGUUCGGGUUCAGUCACUGUUAAGGAUAAAGUGGAAGACACUUCUGAUGAAGCAAAAGCACCAAGGUUCAUACAACCAAUUCAGCCUCAAGUCGUUGCAGAGGGAGAAGUAGUUAUUAUGGAAAGUGUAGUGGAUUCCUAUCCUAUUGCAUCAUUCCAAUGGUUCCAUGAUGACCGUCCUCUACAGACCAUUCACGAAAUGAGAAUCGUCACUAAAGAAAAUCGAUCAGUUUUGCUGAUUAGGGAGAUUGUACCAGAGUAUGCGGGAACUUACACUUGCCGCGCAGAAAAUGUUGUUGGUUCUAUCACUUGUACGGCCACUAUAAAUAUUCUAGACAUUCCUUGGGAGGAAACAGUUCAGCAAACUUCUCCAGCAUUUGUCAAGAGGUUGUCCCCUGUGAGAGUCAUGGAUGGUGAAAACGUAAAUCUAACUUGCGUCGUUCAGGGAAAGCCUAUUCCGAAAGUCGAAUGGUUUCACGAGAAUAUUCCAAUUCAGGAAGGAAAACAGAUAACUAUUUUACAAGAUACAGUAGGUGUAUGCAGUUUAGCCAUCACAGAAGUAUUCCCAGAAGAUGCUGGUGAAUAUACUUGUCGUGCUGUGAACCCAGUUGGUGAAGCUAUUUGCUCAACGUCGUUAGUUGUCGAAGCUUACGAGUAUGUGCCGGAUUCAGAAAUUGCAUCUUCGGCCAUAGCCACAUCCCUUAUUACUGGACAGAGUGGUUCAGAGGAAGAUCUUUUGUCUCCAAAGGAGGGACCUCUAUUUGAUACUGAUACUGAGGAUUCCGCGCCAGAGAUAAUCAAAAAGCUUCCUCAGUUAGUUCCUACUAAGGAUGGUGAACUAACUAGAUUGGAAGUUAAAGUAAAAGGAAAACCGAAACCACAAGGAAAAUGGUUCAAGCACGGCGUAGAAAUCAUUUCCUCACAAGAAUUCCAAAUCGAGGAACUAGAAGACGGGACGUCAGUACUAACUAUUGCUGAAACGUAUCCGGACGAUACGGGUGACAUUGUUUUUGAAGCACACAAUCCACUUGGCGUAUCGACAACGACUACUUACUUAUCAGUAGAAGGUAUCGUUGGAACGAAGGACUAUAGAAAACCAUCAUGGGUUACACAGAUGGAAGAAAUGCAGGAGGCUCUUCGAGCCGCGCAAGCCGUACCACGAUUUAUUCAAGAGAUAACAGAUGUUUACGCACAAGAGGGGCAAAAAGUCACGUUAGAAUGCACGUACUGCGGGCAUCCAACGCCAGAUGUCGUCUGGUACAAGGACGAUAAGUUAGUGAAAAACACAGAUAACCUAAAGAUUCAACUAAAAGAUGAAGAGAAGAAAACUAUCUUGACUAUAAAGAGAGCCACGGAGGAAGAUGAAGCAAACUACGUCUGCAAAGCUACUAGCGAAAUUGGUUUAGCUAUUACCAAAGCAAAAUUACGAGUCACAACGGGAGGUCCAAUCGCCUGGCAACCAGAAGAGGAAGAGGAAGAAAUAGUAGAAACAGUAAUGCAUAAAACACAUAAAAAGAAGAAACCUGAGAUCAAAAAAGCUAAGGAAACGAAAGAAAAGAUUAAGCCAGAACGCGUAAAAGUUGACAAAAGACCUAUUCAAAUAGAACGAGUUGUUCCCACGGAGGAAACCGAUGAAAAACAAAUUGUGGAUGUUACAGAAACUCAGGUUUUAGAAACUAUAACUACUUUCGAAGAAACUCUUGAAAAGCCAACACAAGCAAAGAAGAUAGUGCCAAUCCAGGAUUCAGUAAUAACAGAAGCUACAGCUUCCUUAAAAAUGGUCGAUGAAAAAACUAAGAGGAUUAUUCCAGACGUUGAAGAACGUGCUCAAGUGACAUCCGAAACUUUCGAAACAAUAUCAGUAACUGAAGUUCAGACAGAAACAGGAGUACGUGAGUUGAAGAAAAAAAGGAGGAAGCCAGAGAAAGUAAAGUCAUCUAUUGUUAAAGGAGAAGAAGUCACGGUUACUGAGGUUACAGUAGAUCAAAUAAUUGAGGAACAAAAAGAGAAUAUCGCAAGGGAGAUCGAGGAAUUAAUGGAUGUUUUGAAUGCAACUGAAUUUGGUCCUGGUGAAUCUCCUCUCCGAGAAUUGGCAACUAUUGGUUUUCUGGUCCGACAAGGAGUUUCCGUUAAUGAGAUUAAUGAAAGUCUUUAUCAAACCGACAAAUUCCCGGCUUUACGAACACCUGAUGCUCAAAAUGCCUUGGUACAACUGGUCGAGAGAGAAGGACAUGGACCGUUGAUUACUGAAGUUCUUACUGAAGAAACAACAACUGAUGAAAGUAUUGUCGCUGCUACUGUUGGAUUCCGUGCUUUCAUGAAAAUGGUGGAAUUACAACAUGCAACUGUAGAGGAAGUUAUUACACACUUUGCUCCAGACGAUUUUCGACCACGUGCUUGGGAAGUUACAGAAGCGAUAGAGGUGGAAUCCGAACAUCAUGCAACUGAGAGAACAGAAAUCAUCGAGCAGACAGAGAUACGUGUGAUGGAGAGGAGAGAUGAAAGAAGAACGCUCCAGAAGCAAGAUCUUCGAGAAAUUAAAGAAUACGAGGACACUCAGCAAGUACACACGACACUGCGAAAACGUAAAGACAGUAAACCCAAGGAACAACCUCGUAUCGAGGAAAUGCCACAAGAUAGGGAAAAGGGGGUUCAAAUUGUUGAAGUUGAAGAUGAGCGCGUGACAAAAGUCGUUGAAGAUGAUCAAAAAAAGAAGCAAGAGGAAACGGAGGAAGAGCUUAUAAUUGUUGAAAGAGACAAGAAAGGACAGUUAAAGCAAAAGAAAAUGAGGAAAGAAUCCCUAGAGGCUGAAAUAGAAAUAGAACAAGAGGAAGAAGUUAUUCAAGAAGUGAAGAAAAUAUUGAAACCUAAGAGACCAGACGUAGGCGAGGAUGAAUUAGAACUUGAGGAGAUUGAAGAGUUUGAGAUUAUUAGCGAGGCAUCCAUUCCUUUGGUGGCUCUUAACAUUCCAAGUCAAAUAAGUGAAGUAAUAGCACUGAACAGAACUGUUGAACAAGCUCCUGGUAAACCACAAGAUGAAAGAGCGAAAAUGACAUUGGAUACCGUAAAUGCACUUACAGAGCAAUAUUUACCAACCCACGAAAGUGGACUUGAUGAAGUUAAAUCAUUAAAGUCGGAUAAGAAAAAAGCCUCUGAAUCCAUAUCGCCAAUGGAACCAUACUCCACUACUGAAACAACAGUUCAAGGAGGAAUUGAUGAAUUUUCUCAUACAUUUAAACCUUCAACUUUCUCUGCUACAUCGGCUAUUGUUCCAUCCGAGAGUUUAGUUGUGAGCGAAACUCUUCCAAUUGAAGCUAAACCAUCAGAUUUAAAAACUUCUAUUCAAGAAUUGAGUGGAAGGGCAGAAGUUACAGUGACCUUGCAAGAAGCCACAACCAUUAGUGAAACUACAGUUAGUCAAGAUGAAGUUCCUACUAAAGAUUUUGUUUCACCAAACUCUGUUAAAGCGGAAGAUACAAUGUUACCACAACUUGGAAUUACUGUUUAUGAAGUAAAUGAAGGCCAAGCUGAAGAUAAGUUAGAACCUAUAAAAAUUGUAUCGACUAAACCAAGGGUGAAUUUUACUACAAUGGUACCAGUUGUCGUCGAAGAAGUGCAUGCUCAAGACAAACCUGGAAAAUACUAUCCGGAACUGAUAGUACCAACUGAAGUUGCAUCAGCAACGAUAAUAUCACAGACGCAGCGAGUAACUGAAGAAAUGCAUGCUCCAGAAAAGGAAGGUGAAUAUGUGCCAGGACGACUACCUAUUGGUCAAACUGCUUUAGUUGAAGUAUCAUAUGGAGGAGAAACGGCCAUAACUCAAGAACAAUCUAUUCAAGAAAGUGAAGGUAUCUUCUCUCCAGAUAGAAAAGUUGACACCUUUGAAGCACGUCCUAAUAUAAAUCUUCUUGAGAGCAUUACAGUUUCAACUGUAGAUUCUCAACAACAAGAGUCUACGUUGACUAUUGACGAAAGCAAGGAGGUCACUGCCGAUUUCAAUGUAGUAGAAAGUUCAUCCAUUAUAACUACAGAAACUAUAACAACGGAGAGAGAAAGACAAUAUCAUCCUGGCGACAAGCCAGUGACUAAGACAGCUGAAACAACCAUUCUUCCACUUGAAAUUGGGUCCAUUUCUAGUACAGUUGUUCAAGAAUCUGAAAGCGAGUUUGUAGAAGGUAUAAAACCAACUGGAGCAUUAGCAGAAACAAGCUUUAAGUCUGAGGAGUAUCUGCAAGUUUCAGAAGUACAGACUGCUGACUAUCCAUCAGAGUUCAAGGAUGAUCUGAAGUUUGUAACGGAAAGUGGAACAAUAACUGUUCAAACAUCUGAAGCCAAAGAAAUAAAAGAGGUUGUUGUACACGAUCAGGAAAAUAAAAUGGAGGAUAUGACCAAGCCAGAAGAGCGAACAGUUGAUACAACCUACGAUGCAAUAAGGAGUGUUGAAAUCUUCCAAACUACUUCUGUAGAGAAGGAAGGGGAGCUAAAGAUUUACGAAUUACCUGAAAGCCACCAUGGAAAAGCUGUUCCUUCUCAGCCAGUAUUGUCUCUUCAAGUUGAAGAAACAAAGCCAAAUGAUACAAUUGGUCAAGUCACGGAUAUCGUACCAACAUCUGCUACUGCUAAGGUUGAAAGAGAUGAUCUGCGUGAAAUUGUUGUUGGAGAAAUAGUUACAGCAGAAGGUCUAGGUCUAGUGAAACAAGAUGCGAUACCGGUCUUUAAAGUUGCUAUGAUAAGCAUCGACGAAAUGGAAAGUGUCCGCACAACUGAAGUCCUAAUUACAGAAAAAGAAACUGAAUACACAAGAAUUCUAGAAGACAAGGAGGCUUUUGCCAGUACUGAAUUUUCAACGCAGAUUGCAGCUACGCAUCAAGAAGUUAGAACUGAAUCUCCAACUAAUGAAUCUAUUCCAGAAGACAUACCAAAUAAAGAAGUAGCUCAACCAAUGCAAACUCUUUUAGAAAGUAUAACAGUAAGUGUACAAGAACUCGCGGAGAAAGAGAGCAUCUACAAUGAAGACGUAAAGCCCACUACCAAAACAGCUACUAUUGAAUUAACUGAAACAAGACCUGGUGCUGUCACUCUGGAAAUUGUGGCUAGUGAUAGAGAAAAUCUGUAUUCUCCAGAAUCUCUAAGAAAGCCAGAUUUCACGGCUCAGCCACUUGUUGAUGCUCACCCAAUAGCAGUUAAAACGGAAACGAUCACUGAACAAAGCACAACUGAUAUUACUACUGAGGCACCGAAAACAAAUAAAGCCUUCUCUCGACAAGAAGCGUUGGAAGAACUAAUUAUUACUGAGACUAACAUUGCUGAAACAGAAAAACCCAGAGAUACAGAAGUUAAACCUACAGAACAUAGUGCUGACAUUGGAAUGGAGGCUGCUGAGAAUCUGACUGUCAACGAGCUUGUCACUGUUUUUAAUAAGGAGGAAGCUUUUCAAUCAGCUGGUAUACCUGUCGAACAAAAUGUUCGACUAAAUCUGACCUCAGGGCAUGAAGUCGCUCAAACGCAGGAAACAGUACUUGCCAACAGCACUGAUAUUUAUGAGGAACUGAAGCCAAAGCAGGAAAUCGCUCAACCGAAACAAAGCGCUCUCGAUAUAGUUGAACAAACAGAAACUACAGUUUCAGAGAUGGAAACUCCAUUACCAAUUGAUAUUAAACCAGAUAGCAAAACGGUAGCCAUUUCAUUUGCAGAACGUGAAGGAGUAGAAAUCACUCUCUAUCAGGCAGAAUAUAAGGAAGGGGUUUACAAAAAGAACGCAAAGCCAAAAUCUGCUGAAGCAACUGUUGACUUUAAGGUUCAAGGCGUUGCAAUGAAAUCUGAGAUUCAUAGCGAUAUAGGAAUUUCAAAUCUCGAUAUUGAAACUCCAAAAGAAGUUAAGCCAACAAGUGAAAUCUUACCUUAUGCAGCAGCUAUAGCAGAAGAAAUUCAGACACGGGAAACUGAAGGAAAACUUGUGGAUAUUUCACCAGAAGGAAGAACAGCAAACUUGCACUUUGAAAUAGGCGAAAGUGUUCAAGUUUCCGAUGUUAUUGCCCAAGAAAACGAGGGUAUACUACCUGAAACGGUUAAACCGUCAGUUAAAUCUGCUACAUUUGAUAUUCCAGCUUACAUGGUUGCCCAAUCGAUCGAAACUACAGUGGAAAGUAAUGUCGGGCAGUUCACAUCAGAAAUGACUCAAUCAGCUACGGCAACUACCGAUCAUGUAACAUUCCACAGUCUAAUCACCUCGGAAACAGCGACAGGUGAUUUGGAGCAAUCAUUAGAAGAUUUUGUGAAACCUCAGGAGAAGAAAGUUGAUAUUGCUUUUGAAGAAGAUAUGAGUCUAACCAUUACAGAAACAAUAACAUCUGAUAAAGAAAAAGAAUAUACCGGAAAACUGGAAUUGGUAAAGGAACAAGCUACAACUUCAUAUGAUGCUCAUAAAGUAGCUCAAAGAACCGAGGUUCACGCAGAAGCUUUUCCUGGUGACAUUAUUGAUGAAUAUCCAAAAUCAGUUACCGCAACAGAAGAACGUUUACCAUUCGAAAGCAUUAUACAAACAGAGGCAGUAAUUUCUGAAAAAGAAACAGACUUUCUAGAGAAGCCUUUGGUUAGUGGUGGAACUGCCACUAUUGGCAUAGGCAAAAACAUCGGGGUUCCGACUGUAACAGAAGUGGUUACAGAAGAUAAAGAGACUCUUUUGGAUACUCCAAAGAAACCAAGUGAACAAUCAGCUACAAUUGAUUUUACCGGACAUGUUAUUGCAGAAAAAAUGGAAGUUACUAUCGACUCCAGCACAGGAAAAUUUGAAGAUUCAAAACCAUCUAUGGCUUCAGCAAUACCGUCUCAAAUUCUUAUAGAAACUGUGUUAAGGUCAGAGGUAGAAGUCACUGAGUCAGAAGGAAUUUACACAGGUGACAAAAAAGCUUUGGAAGCGACAGCAGAUAUGGCAAUAGUUGAGGAGAAGGGAAUUGAGGUAACAGCUGUAACUUUAGAAGAUAAAGAAGAGGAGUACAAACCGAAAGAGCGACCUUUGUCCAAAACAGCAGAAAGGAAAUUGGUAGACAGUCAUGUAGUCGCCGAAGUAACUGAAAAUGUUUCGAUCGUCACUACUGACGACUUUGUCAAAGAUCAAAAAAUUUGUCCAAAACAAGAGGCUACUAGUACCCUUGUUAUAGAACAUAGUUCAGUCGAAAUUACUGAACUAGAAUCACAGGUUAAUAUUCCAGAGAAAAAAGACCGUAAUAUACUUUUCAGUCUUCAAACAGCUACUACAGAACAAGACACAUUCGAAAGUGUCACUAUAACAGAAAACCUUGUUGAAGAAUCUGAGAAACCUUUCGAAGGUGUGUUUAAACCUUCAUCACAAACUGUUGACAUCAAUGUUCAAGAGGUAAAGUCUCUAGAAAUAUGUGAGACUUUAACCCAAGACAAGGAGGAUACAUUCUUUCCUAAACAGUUUAAGGAGCAAGUAGGAAAAUUACAAUUAGAUUCCUUGUCGUCCAUAAUUGUGUCACAAACUGUAUGCAGUGAAGCAGGAAAUGCACUUCCAAGUCCUGAAGUACCAUCCGAAAAGACGGCACAACCUAACUUCUUCGGAAAAGAAGUGGCGGAAACUAUUCAAGUACAAACAGUUAAUAGUACAGAAGAGUUUGUGAAACCGACUGCACCAAAAGAGGAAAAGGGCAAGGCUCGCAUUGACGAAUUGUUAUCGAUCAUUGUUUCUGAAACUGUUUCUAACGAGUUUGAAGAAACACUUCCCAGCAUUGAAUUACCUAGUCAGGGAACUGCUGAAACACAACUUUUAGGAAGAGACGUGGCUGAAACUUCGGAAGUUCUCACAGCACUGAAUGUUGGAGAAUUCUUCAAACCUAAGUUUCCAGAAGAGCAAAAAGGAAAACCAGGCCUCGAAGAACAUACAUCAGUUAAUGUUUCUCAAAUUAUGUCAAAUGAAUUAGAGGAUGUGCUUCCCAGUCCAGAAGUACCAAGUCAAAAGACUGCACAACCAAAUUUGUUUGGGCGAGAAAUAGCAGAAACUACUGAAGUUCUUACCGUAAUUAAUGUGGAAGACCUAGCAAAGCAAGAAGCCCCAGAUAAGCACAUAGGAAAACCAGGUGUCGAAGAACAUACAUCAGUCAAUGUUUCUCAAGUUGUGUCAAACGAAGCAGAGGACAUACUUACUAGCCCAGAAGUUCCUAGUCAAAUGACGGCACAACCAAGCCUACUUGGCCGAGAAGUAGCAGAAACUACUGAAGUACAUACUGUAGCGUAUAUCGAAGAGCUGACAAAAUCCAAAGCUCCUGAGAAACAAAUAGGCAAACCACAAUUCGAGACACUACCAACAUCAAUAGUAUCUGAAACUGUAUACCAUGAAGCAGAAGAAUCGCUUCCUGUUGCUGAAGUACCUAGUUCUAAAGUUGCUCUGCCUAGUUUAUCUGGUCGAGAUGUUGCAGAAACAUCGGAAGUUUUGACAAUGUCGAACGUUGAAGACCUAUUGGAGAAAGCGAAGCCAGAUCAACAAAAAGGUAUUCCUGAGAUGGAAGAGUUUUCAUCUAUAACAGUUUGUCAAGUUAUUUCUGAUGAAUCUGAAGAGCUUUUGCCACAGGUGGAAGUUCCUUCUACAAAAACAGCUUUUCUGUACUUACGUGGAAGAGAGAUAGCAGAAACAUCUGAAGUGCUAACCGAAAUGAAUCUUGAAGAACUGAAAAAAUCGAAAAUUCCGGAAGAACAAAAAGGAAACUCGCAGUUGGAUACAUUGCCUUCAGCAAUAGUCACCGUAGUUUUAUCAAACGAAUCAGCUGAUACACUACCUAGCGCUGAAAUUCCAUCAGAAAAGGUUGCUAUGCCAGCCAUACUAGGUCAAGAAAUAGCAGAAACUAGUGAGGUGAAAACAGUGGCUAAUGUAGAGUAUUUGGUUAAACCCGAAGCUCCUGAAGAACAAAGAGGUAAACCACAAUUCGAUACACUACCAACAUCUACAGUAUCUGAAACUAUAUCCCAUGAAGCAGAAGAAUCGCUUUCUGUUGCUGAAGUACCUAGCUCUAAAGUUGCUCUACCUAGUUUAUCUGGACGAGAUGUUGCAGAGAUAAUGGAAAUUUUGACAAUGGCAAACGUUGAAGACCUAUUGGAAAAAGCGAAGCCAGAUCAACAAAAAGGUAUUCCUGAGAUGGAAGAGUUUUCAUCUCUUACAGUUUCUCAGGUUAUUUCCAACGAAAAUGAAGAACUUUUACCUCGGGCGGAAGUUCCUUCUACAAAAAUAGCUUUCCUUGAAUUACUUGGAAGAGAGGUAGCAGAAACAACUGAAGUGCUAACCGAAAUGGAAGUCGGAAAAUUGAUAAAACCAGUAGCUCCUGAAGAGUACAAAGGACAACCACAGUUAGAUACGUUACCGUCCGCGAUAGUAUCUCAAGUUCUAUCUAAUGAAGCAGAAGGUGUACUUCCAAGUGCUGAAUUUCCUACUGGAAAGACUGCUAAACCAGAACUCCUUGGUCAUGAAAUAGCAGAGACAACAGAAGUUCUGACAGUAUCAAACGUAGAAGAGCUCAUUAAAUCUCAGUCUCCUGAAGAACAGAAGGGUGUAACCCAAAUCGAUACAUUAUUAUCACUAUCUGUAUCACAGGUUGUCUCUAAUGAAGCAGAAAUGUCAUUACCGAGUCCUGAAGUACCAAGUAAAUCUACUGCACAGUCUAAUUUGUUCGGUAGAGAAGCAACAGAAGUACUGGAGGUUUACUCAGUUUCCAAUGUCAGUGAGCUAUUAAAAUCUAUUCUACCAGAUAAGCAAGAAGGAAAACCAGGUCUCGAAGAACACACAUCAGUUAACGUUUCUCAAGUCGUGUCCAAUGAGUCUGAGGAUGUGCUUCCUAUCUCAGAAAUACCAAGUCAAAAGACUGCACAUCUAAACUUGAUAGGUCGAGAAGUAGCGGAAACUACCGUAAUUUCAAUAGUUACAAGUACUGAAGAAUUUUCUAAACCAAUAGCACCUGAGGAGCAACAAGGAAUACCACAAUUAGAUACAUUAUCAUCACUAAUUAUAUCUCAACCUAUAUCGCAUGAAGCAGAUGAACUUCUGCCUAAAGAAGAAAUGCCUACAGAAAAAACAGCAACUACAAAUCUUUCGGGCAGAGAUAUUGCAGAAACUUUAGAAGUUCAAACUGUAACAACUGCUGAAGAAUUUAUGAAACCCGCUGCUCCAGGUGAACAGAAAGGUAAACCAGAAGUGGAAGAAUUAUCGUCUUUGAUGGUUUCCCAGGUUGUAUCACACGAAUCUGAAGAUAUAUUAACUAUUUCAGAGGUACCCAGCAGCAAAGAAGCCCAAACUAACUUAAUAGGGCGAGAAAUAGCACAGACUUCAGAAGUAAUAACAUCAUUAACUGUCGAAGAAUUAAUAAAAUCAGAAUCUCCAGAAGAACAAGUCGGUCAAUCUACAUUAGAUGUUCUCUCACCACUAAUGAUUUCUCAAACUAUGCCAACGGAAACAGAACAGUUACUUCCAAGCUCUGUAAAGCCCUCUGAAAAGACAGCGCAGUCUAUUUUGUUUGGACAAGAAAUAGCUGAAACAACUGAAAUAGUGACAGUAUCGAAUGUCGAAGAUUUCAAUAAAGGUAAACUGCCAAAGGAAGAAAAAGGCAAACCUGAAUGGGACAUACAGUCAUCAAUUACGGUAUCUGAAACCAUAUCUCAAGAAGCUGAAGAACGGUUGAUACAUGAUAAGGUUCCAAACAAAAAAAAAGCUUUUCUCAGCAUGUCCGGAAGGGAAGCACCAGAAGUUACGGAACAUCUGACUGUAACCUCUGCUGAAGAUAUUUCAAAAUCAGAUCUGCCGGAUGAACAAAAAAGUGAGGUAACACUCGAUGCCUUAUCUUCUUCAACUGUUUCUCAGGUUUUAACGAAUGAAACAGAACGCACAUUGGUUGAGAAUAUAAUACCUAGGGAAGUAACAGCUCAAUCAAAAUUGGCAAGCAGAGAUGCGACAGAAGUUCUCGAAGUUCUUGCAGUAACACGAGCAGAUGAAUUCUCUGAACAUUUUGUGCCCGAGGGUCAGAAAGGUACCAGAGAAAUAGAAGAAAUGUCAUCUCUCACUGUUUCUCAAGUUAUGACGAAUGAAGUUGAAGGAAACUUACCAGAAACUGUAGCACCGAUUCAAAAGACAGCUUUGACAAAUAUAACUGGAAGAGAAGUUGCUGAAACCUCUAUAGUACAAGCAGUGACAGAAGCUGAAGAAUUGCUUGAACAAAAAUCUCCUGAUGAGAAAAAAGGAGUUCCAAAGUUAAAUGAAUUAGCUUCUUUGAUAAUCUCUCAAACUUUAUCAAGUGAAAAGGAAGAUUUAUUACCAAGUCCAAAUAUUUAUAGCGAAAAAAUAGCUCAACCAAGUCAUUCCGGUAUAGAUGUUGCUGAAACUAUCCAAGUAAUGCCUCUAUCAUCCGUAGGAGAUCUAUUGAAGCCUCAAUCCCCAGAAAUGCAACAAGGUAAACGUCAAAUGGAGGAAUUAAUAUCGUUAACAGUUGCACAAGUCAUAUCCAGUGAAAAUGAAGAGAUAAUAUCGAUUUCUGAAAAGCCUGAUAACAAAGCAGCAAAUGUUAUCGCGUUUGGGCAUGAAGUGGCUUCACAAUUAGAAAUAGAAACUAUGUCAACGACAAAGGAAAUUCCCAAAUCUGAAAAAGUGGAAACUCAGUCAGGUAACACUGAAUUUGAGCAAAUGAAUUUUAUUUCUGUAUCACAAACACUUUCUAGCGAAUCUGAAACAAUUUUAACGACUUCUAAAGUUCCAAAAGAACAAAAUGCGAUGUUUAAUAUACCCAGUGUAGAAGCAGCACAAACAACAGAAGUUUUGACACUCACAAGUUCCGUGAAGUUACCAAUAUCAGAAGUACCAGAAGAGCAGAAAGGAAACGUAAAUUUGAAUGAACUGUCUUCUUUAACAGUAUCUGAGGUGAUGUACAAUGAAAAUGAGAAUGAGCUUUUGAAACCUGAAGUAGCAACAUCUCAGAAGGCCGAGAUGAUUUUUCUUAGCAGACCAACUGCAGAAACAACGCAAAUAAUUACAUCAACGAACACAACAGACCUACCAGAUUCCACAAAACCAGAGUUUAGAAAAAUAGUUCCGGAACAAAUACCUUUCGAAAGUUUAGAACAAUCACAAAGUAUUGUUCAAGAAAGUGAAACUACUUUUAAUGUAGAAAGAAAGUCUUCUGUAGCUCAAGCUGAAAUAGGCUUCCGUGUUUCGGAAGGUUUGGAAGUGACAGAAAUAAAUGUGACAGAGAAAGAAUCAAAAGAAGUAAUAAAAGGCGUAGCGAAGGAAGGCAGUGCGCAACCAGAUGUAGUGGAUCGUAAAGUAGCAAUAAAAACAGAAAUUCUACCCGGAGAUGUAGCUUCUGCAUUUGACACAAAAAAACCUAUUUCUAAAACAGCCAGUGAAAUGACGGAUAUCAAAUACAGUAUUAUUAUCACUGAAUCCGGCUCAAUUAGUGAAAGUGAAUUAGAUCUUUCACAUCCCACGAAGCCUUCCUCCAAACUAGCUAAUAUUUCUAUUGAAGAUGAACAUUUGGAACGUAUUGAAGAAACUACAGAAGCACGAGUGAAACAACAUCAAACCACAUUAACACAACACACAAUUAGACACGAACACCCAGGUACAACUAAACAACAAAGUAUCGAAUCUGACACAGAGAUAACAGAGGAAUAUACAACAAAAUUCAGGCGAAGCAGUAAAGAUGGAGAAAAUGAUGCCGUGAAAACAAAGAAAACUAUUAUUAGAAAAAAGAGACCAGAAGAGGGUACAGAAGACAAAGCAGUAGUCAUAGAAGAAGAAAUUGAAAAUAUCAAGUCUCCUUUACCAAAUAUUCCAAAAAAACAGUUCAUGCCAAUCGAAGAAAUCACGGGUCUAACAGACAUAGAAGAAAUAAAACCGACAAGUGUUGAAGAAGUAGAAGAAGUUAUUCCAUCGGAAGAUCUCACCGAAGAAAUAACUAUCCUGGACAUAAAGACUGAUAACAAAAUAAAAAAAAUAAAAAGAAGAAAAGUCAUACGAAAAGAUGGAAAAGUAAGCAAAGUCACAGAAGAAGAAACAGUAGAAGAAGAAGGUAAAGCGCCCGUUACAACCGAAAUCGACAAACCAAUCGAAGAAACUGAACUCGAGGAAGUAAAACCAAAAUCAGUUCAAACACCUAAGGUCCAAAGAAAACCAACUGAAACAGAAGAGGUGCGGCAACAGGUCACUGUGACGCAGGAAAUAACUGUUGAAGGAAAACCUCGGAAGACUACCAAGAAAAUAACGACUAAAAGAAAGGGCAAAAAGCAACAAGUGAUUGAAGAAGUCACUGUUGAAGAAGAAGGUAAGGCUCCUGUCACCGAUAAAAUAGAAAGACCAGAAGAAGAAGUUCUAGUAGAAGAACAUCUGGAACCUCUACCCGAAAAGGAAUUUGGAAAGCCAACAGAAACAGAAGAGAUUCGGGAAAAGGUCACUGUUACGCAGGAAAUAACUCUUGAAGGAAAACCUCGAACGACUACCAAGAAAACAACAACAAAGAGAAAGGGUAGAAAGCAACGAGUGGUUGAAGAAGUUACUGUUGAAGAAGAAGGCAAGGCUCCUGUCACCGAAAAAAUAGUAAAACCAGAAGAAGAAGUUCUUGUAGAACAACAUCUGGAAUAUCUACCUGAAAAGGAAUUUGCAAAGCCAACAGAAACAGAAGAGGUUCGGAAACAGGUAACUGUGACGCAGGAAAUAACUCUUGAAGGAAAACCACGAAAAAUAACCAAGACAACAACUACAAAGAGAAAGGGUAGAAAGCAACAAGUGAAUGAAGAAGUCACUGUUGAAGAAGAAGGCAAGGCUCCUGUCACCAAAAAAAUAGAAAAACCAGAAGAAGAAGUUCUAGUAGAAGAAAAUCUGGAACCUCUACCGGAAAAGAAAUUUGCAAAGCGAGGAGAAACAGAAGAGGUUAGGGAACAGGUGACGGUCACGCAGGAAAUAACUCUUGAAGGCAAGCCUCGGAAGACUACUAAAAGAACAACAACUAAAAGAAAGGGCAAAAAGCAACAAGUGAUUGAAGAAGUCACUGUUGAAGAAGAAGGCAAGGUUCCUUUCACCGAAAAAAUAGAAAGACCGGAAGAAGAAGUUAUAGUAGAAGAACAUUUGGAACCUCUACCGGAAAAGGAAUUUGCAAAGCCAGGUGAAAGGGAAGAGGUUAGGGAACAGGUGACGGUCACGCAGGAAAUAACUCUUGAAGGGAAACCUCGGAAGACUACCAAAAAAACAACAACUAAAAGAAAGGGCAAAGAAUUUGCAAAGCCAGGUGAAACGGAAGAGGUUAGGGAACAGGUGACGGUCACGCAGGAAAUAACUCUUGAAGGGAAACCUCGGAAGACUAUCAAAAAAACAACAACUAAAAGAAAGGGCAAAAAGCAACAAGUGAUUGAAGAAGUCAGUGUUGAAGAAGAAGGCAGGGCUCCGGUCAUCGAAAUAAUAGAAAAACCAGAAGAAGAAGUUCUUAUAGAAGAACCUCUGGAACCUCGACCGGAACAGGAAUUUGCAAAGCUAGGAGAAACAGAAGAGGUUAGGGAACAGGUCACUGUGCUGCAGGAAAUAACUCUUGAAGGCAAACCUCGGAAGACUACCAAGAAAACAACAACUAAGAGAAAGGGUAGAAAGCAACAAGUGGUUGAAGAAGUUACGGUUGAAGAAGAAGGCAAAGCCCCUAUAACCAAAAUAAUAGAAAACCCAGAUGAAGUUACUAUGCACGAAGGUGAAAUGCCACCUGUCAUUACGCUUGCUGAAUAUCCUGAGGAGGAAGUUAUCGUAGAAGAAACAAAAACACCAUUACCACUUACCACAUAUAUUGCACCGGAGAAAUCUGCGGAAAUUAAGGAGUUGGUUACAGUAUCUGAAGAAAUAACACCUGAAGGAGAAACUAAGAAGGAAACUACCAAAAAAAUUAUCAAAAGCAAGUGUACAAAACAAAAAGUAACGGAAAAAGUUACUGUACAGGAAGAUGACAAGGCACCUGUUACUACUCUUUCUGAAUAUCCUGAGGAGGAAAUUAUUGUAGAAGAAACAACCACACCCUUACCUGUUAUGGAAUACGAUGCGCCAAAUGAUUCUGUAGAAGUCAGGGAAUUAGUCACUGUUUCUGAGGAAAUAACACCUGAAGGAAAAACCAAAAAAGUUACAAAGAAGAACAUUAUCAGACGCAAGGGUAAGAGACAAAGGGUGACGGAGGAAGUUACUGUACAGGAAGAUGCCAUGGCGCCUUUUACUACGCUUUCUGAAUAUCCUGAGGAGGAAGUCCUACUAGAAGAAACAACAACACCAUUACCGGUUGCCGAAUAUUUUACACCAAGAGAAUCUGAGGAAAUUAAUGAACUGAUUACGGUGUCUAAAAUAGUAACACCUGAAGGAGAAACUAACAAGAUAACUAAGAAAAAAACUGUCAAACGCAAGGGGAAGAAACAACAAGUUCGGGAGGAAACUACCGUACAGGAGGGUACAAAAUCGCCUGUUACUACUGUUUGCGAAUAUCCGGAGGAGGAAAUUAUUUUGGAGGAAAUCACUACGUUGGCGGCUCUUAAAGGAAAAAUACAGGAGGGAAAAGCAGAGGUGAUUAAAGUGACAAAGAAGAAGCCAGUUUCGAAAAAGGAGGAAAUUGUUGAGUGGACUGAACCUGAAUACGAAAGACCAGUGCUGGAACCAAUGCCAGAUAAAGUUCAUGAAAAAACUACGAAAUUUAAGAAACAAAAAAAGCCUCCUUCUGACUCUUUUCAUAAGUUAGAGCCUAUCUACAUCGAAAGGAAAGAAAUUAAGACAACAAAACUUAUAUACUCCCAACCAACCGAAGUCGUUCAGUUUGCUGGCUUCAAAUUGAAGAAAACACCUGUGCCUAAACGAAGAAAAUCUCAUAGUACCAAAUUUCCAAAAAUGCAUUUAAGAAGUCGUAUAACGUUUGUAGGAGACUAUCCACCAGGUCUUCAGUUACCCAGAAUCACAUUUUUAGAAGAAAAUCCCAUUCAAAAUGGAAUACUUUCAAGAAAUACGGAGGAAGCACUCAAGAUUUUGAGAAAGAAGUAUAAAAAGCCUAAACUUCCUAAAAAGGAACAUACUGACUUGGAAAAAUUAGAUCAAGAGUUUGAGGAAUUGAAAAAAGUUCCUUUAGAAGAAAUAGAAGAUAAAUCGGUUUACGAGCGGCAACCCAAGAAACCUAAAGAAGAAGAUAAACCAAAAGAGAAAAUUAAAAUCGGUAAAGGAAAGGUUCCUGAAAAGAAAGAAGAGCAACCAGAGGAAGUGAAACUAAAGAAGAUUCCAGAAAGGAAGUCUGCGGAGGACGAGAAAAUAUCUGAAAAGCCUAAGCCUACGGAAACAACAGAGGAUGUACAUAAAAACAAGAAAUCAGAAAAAAUUCCAAAACAGAAGUCGGAAGAUUUUAAACCAACUGACUUUGAGAGGCCGGAACUUGAGAAAUAUAACCCCGCUGAAGAAGAAUUUCCAGAAAAACCUGAAGAUGCAGAAGUUUCUAAGCCCUAUAAACGACUAAAGAAGAAGAAACCAGAUCAAGAGAUUGAACAGAUUCCUUUAGUAAUGAGUAAGCCCAAAUCACAAGAACCUGAAGAACAACCAGAUAUUAAAUUUAGAAUUCCGGCAGCAGAUAAACCGGAAGACCAGCCAGAGGGUAUAACACUUAAGCCCUGGAAGAAAGAGAAACCUGAAGAAGAUAAAAAGCCUCUGGACCAGGGAAUUAAAUUCAUUCCUGCUAAGACUGAUGUUCUAGAAGUUAUUGAUACUGUAAUAACUGAGGACAUACUUCCUGAUAAUAAAAAAAGACGUGUGAUUAGAAAAAAGACCACGAAGAAACAUGGAAAUGAAAAACCGGAAAUUUCUGAAGAAGUAACUGUAAUGGAUGAAGAUAUGGAGCCUGUGACUACUGUGUCUGUUCAUGAAACAGAAUUUGAAGAAAUUCCAUUAAUUGUAAAAUUUGCACCCGUCGUCAUAGAAGAAGUAAGAGAAGAAAUUAUUAUUUCGGAUAUAAAACAUGUAGAUGAGAAACCAAUCCAACUUCGGAAGAAACGUAUUACUAAGCGACAUAAAGAUAAAACUCUUGUUACUGAAACAGUAACAGUUGAAGAAGAUGGUAAAGAACCCGUGACUACUAUAAUUGGCGAGUUCGAAGACACUAUUCCAAUACACAAAAAACUGAAUUACACCACUCCAACACAACAAAUCCAUGAUGACAAAGAAAUUCCAGAAGAUAUUACAGUGGAGCAAAAAGUAGAAGAAAGCAUCGAGGAAACAGUGACAAAGAAGCUGAAAAAGAAGAAACCUCAGAAGGGGCAGGAAGAAAUCACAGAUGAAGUUGUAGAAGAAUUAAUAACAGAGAAGCCAAAGAAACUAAAAGCAAAGCCUAUAGUAGAAGAGUUGGAGACAGUCAAAAUAAACGACAUCAAUGUUAAAAUGAUACCUGAUAUCAUUAGAAACGAAGAUUUUACUGAAGAGGAAGAAAUAAUUGAGGUAUCUGAAACUCCUUUUGAAAGAAUUGUAAAAAAGAAGAAGAAGCCAACAAAAAAAGGUGAGGUAGAGAAGGUAAUUGAAGAAAUAACGGAAACUCCUAUUGAAGAUACUAUUAUCAUGGAGGAGAAACAGAUCCUAGAAAUUAUUGAAACACCGACGAGAAAGAUAAUCAGAAAGAAGAAAGCUCAGAUUUCAGAAGAUAAUAUCCCGGAGGAAGUAAUUGAAGAAAUUAUCAUAGAAAAACCAUCUAAAAAGAAAGCAAAGCCGAUCAUAGAAGAAUUAGUCACAGUAAAAAUAAGUGAGAUCGAUGUGAAAACCGUACCGGAUAUCAUACGAAACGAAGAUGUUACUGAAGAGGAAGAGAUAAUAGAGGUUUCAGAAACUCCUUUUAAAAGAAUUGUCAGAAAGAAGAAGAAGCCAACAAAAAUAGGUGAGGUAGAGAAGGUAAUUGAGGAAAUAACGGAAACUCCUAUUGAAGAUACUAUUAUCAUGGAGGAGCAACAGAUCCUGGAAAUUAUUGAAACACCGACGAGAAAGAUAAUCAGAAAGAAGAAAGCUCAGAUUUCAGAAGAUAAUAUCCCGGAGGAAGUAAUUGAAGAAAUUAUCAUAGAAAAACCAUCUAAAAAGAAAGCAAAACCCGUAGUCGAAGAACUAGAUAUAGUCAAAAUAAUUGAGAUCGAUGUUAAAAUGGUACCGGAUAUCAUGAGAAAGGAAGAUGUGACUGAAGAGGAAGAAAUCAUCGAAGUGACGGAAACUCCCUUAAAGAGAACUGUCAAAAAGAAGAAGAAGCUAAUAACAAUGGGUGAACCCGAGAAAGUAAUUGAAGAAAUAACAGACACUCCGGUUGAAGAUAAAGUUAUCAUGGAGGAGCAACAGAUUGUGGAAAUUAUUGAAACACCAACUAAGAAGAUAAUUCGCAAGAAGAAAGCUCAAGUUUCUGAAGAUAAUGUCCCGGAGGAAGUCAUUGAGGACAUUAUUACAGAGAAACCAUCUAAGAAAAAGGCAAAACCAAUCAUAGAAGAAUUAGAUACAAUUAAGAUAAGUGAAAUCGAUGUUAAAAGAGUACCGGACAUUAUUAAAAAAGAAGAUGUUACGGAAGAGGAAGAGAUCAUAGAGGUGUCAGAAACUCCUUCUAAGAAAAUUGUGAAAAAGAAGAAGAAACCAACAGCAAAAGGUGAGACUCAGAAAGUAAUUGAAGAAAUAAGAGAAACGCCGAUUGAGGAUAAACUUAUGAUGGAAGAACAGCAGAUCGUAGAAAUAAUUGAAACACCGACGAAGAAGAUAAUUAGAAAGAAAAAAGCCCAGAUCUCCGAAGAUAAUGUCCCAGAGGAAGUCAUUGAGGAAAUUGUUAUAGAAAAACCAUCUAAAAAGAAAGCAAAGAUCAUAGUUGAAGUGUUAGAUACUGUCACAAUUAGUGAAAUUGAUUUUGAAAGAUUACCGGACAUCAUUAAAAAGGAAGAUGUUACGGAAGAGGAAGGGAUCAUAGAGGUGAAAGAAACUCCCGUGAAGAAAACUGUGAUAAAGAAGAAGAUCAUUAAAGAAGGAGAGGUUCACGAAAUUAUAGAGAAAGUUACUGAUACUCCACUUGAGGAUGUUAUUGCGAUGCAAGAGCAAGAUAUUGUUGAAAUUAUCGAAACACCAACUAAGAAAGUCAUAAAGAAGAAAAAGGCCCGUAUUUCUGAAGAUGAAAUUCCAGAAGAAGUUAUAGAAGUGAUCGUUAUUGAAAAACCAUCAAAGAAGAAAGCUAAACCCUUUAUACAUGAAAAAGAAUCUCUAGAAAUAAGUGAAAUAACAAUAGAAGAUAGUUUGAGCGAAAUGGAAACAGAGAAGCCUAAGAAGAUUAAAGCGAAAAAGGAAAUACUGCCACUGGAAGGAGUUGAGACCUCUGAAGUUAUCGAAAGCAGUACCACUACAGAUCUACCUGGCGAGGUGAAACCAGAUGCCACAGCAACAGAGAAGCUUACUCCAAUGGAUUCUUUGCAGACAACUGAGGUUCUUACAGAAAUGAUUCCAGAUGAUUUUGUAUCAGAAGAAAAGCCCAAAAAAGCUAAAGCGAAAAAAGAAAUAAUACCAAAAGAAAGUUUUGAAACAACAGAAGUCGUUUCAGAACAAGCUAUUGAAGACCUGCGCGUAGAAGAAGCUCAAAUAGAAGAACCAUUAGAGGCAACAGAAGUGCUACCUCAAAACGCAAAAAUAACUGGAAUAUUAGUUCAAGAAUCAACAAGAAAGAAAAAGAAGAAGAAGGUGACUAUUGAAGAAAGACCGAUAGAAAAAGAGAUAAGCCCUGAAAAUAUACUAGAAACCGUCCUUACGCCAGAACAAAUGACCGUAGAAUCUGAGAAAGUUCCUGAAGAACAACUACCAGAGGAUAUUACGGAGAAGAAGGUGACUAAAAAGAAAAAGAAAAGGCCAGUUCCUAAUAAGGAUGAGAUCGAGGAAUGGGUUGAACCUGAAUAUGAAAGACCUGUGCUAGAACCCAUGCCAGAGAAAGUUAAAUACGAACCUAACAAAAAGAAGAAAGCAAAGAAACCCUUGCCUGAAUCUGUGCAAAACUUGGUGCCGACGAAGAUCGAGAGAAUGGAAGUUAAACUAACACAUUUAAAAUACUCUAAACCAACUGAAGUUGUUCAAUUUGCUGAGAUAAAAUUAAAGAAAGCGCCUGCACCAAAACGCAGAGAGUCUAAGAGUACAAAAAUUCCAAAGAUUCACUUAAAAAGUCGCAUAACUUUUAUCGGAGACUAUCCACCAGAACUGCAGUUGCCCAAAAUUACAAUUCUAGAAGAAAAUCCUCUUCAAACGGGAAUAUUAUCAAGAAAUACUGAGGAAGCAUUAAAAGUUCUCAAAAAGAAGUACAAAAAACCUAAAUUACCUGAAAAAGAACUUAAUUACUUAGAAAAGUUAGACCUAGAGUUUGAGGAAUUGAAAAAAGUUCCUUUAGAAGAAAUAGAAGAUAAAUCGGUUUAUGAGCGGCAACCCAAGAAACCUAAGGAAGAAGAGAAACCAAAAGACAAAAUUAAAAUCGGUAAAGGAAAGGUUCCCGAAAAGGAAGAAGAACAACCAGAGGAAGUAAAAUUGAAAAAGAUUCCGGAAAAGAAACCCGAAGAGGUUCAGGAAAUUUCUAAGAAGCCUAAGGAAACAACAGAGGAUGUACCUGAAAAGAAGAAAUCAGAAAAAAUUCCAAAACUGCAGCUGGAAGAUUUUAAGCCAAUUGACUUUGAGAGGCCGGAGCUUGAGGAAUAUGUUCCCGCUGAAGAAGAAGUUCCAGAAAAACCUGAAGAUGAGGUAGUUCCUAAACCCUACAAAAGACCAAAGAAAAAGAAGCCGGAUCAGGAGAUUGAACAGAUUCCGUUAGUGAUGGGUAAGCCCAAACCAGAUGAACCUGAAGAGCAGCCGGAAGUUAAAUUUAGAAUACCAACUGCAGAAAAACCAGAAGAUCAGCCUAGGGCAAUAACUCUUAAACCUUGGCAUAAAGAGAAACCUGAAGAUGAUGAAAAAUCCAUUGACCAGGGAAUUAAAUUUAUUCCAACUGAUAAUGAUGUUGUAGAAGAUGUAGACAGUAUAACGACUGACGAAGUUCAAGACAAAACUACAAAACCAAUGCUCAAAAAGAAAGUACCUAAAUCCAAAAAGGUAAAGCCUGCUGACGAGCUCCCACAAGAUGUACUGGCUGAAAAUGCAGCAAUUGACGAUGAGGUUAUAGAAAAGAAAGAAACAACUGAAGAAAUCACAACUCUUAAACCAAAGAAGUCGAAAGCAAAGGAAGAAAUUAUUCCUAAGGAAAAUAUUGAAGCAACCGAAGUCGUUCCCGGAGAUACUGUUGAAAUACUUCCAGAGGAGAAGCUACCGCUUGAAGAGAAAGCAGUACCCACGGAAGAAGACGUAGACGAUACUACUUUGGUUAUAACGGAUGCUCCCAAAGAGAAAGUUGGUAAGAAAAAGAAGAAGGUUCCGAAAGAGAUUCCAGAUGAAGUUGAAAAAACUAAGGGCCCAACAGAAGAUGUUCCAAUUGAAGAAAUGCCAGAAGAACAACCGACUGAGAAAAUUCCAGAGAAAGAAAUUGAAACUGUAUCCUCAGAAACUGAAACAGUCUAUGAAGAACAACCAUUAGAUGGAAUUUCAGAGAAAAAAGUAAUUAAAAAGAAAAAGAAGAAGGCAGUUCCGAAGAAGAAUGAGAUUGAUGAAUGGGUUGAACCAGAAUACGAAAGACCAGUACUGGAACCAAUGCCAUUAGAUCAAGAGUUUGAGGAAUUAAAAAAAGUUCCUUUGGAAGAAAUAGAAGACAAAUCGGUUUACGAGCGGCAACCCAAGAAACCUAAGGAGAAAGAGAAACCAAAAGAGAAAAUUAAGAUCGGUAAAGGAAAGGUUCCUGAAGAGGGAGAAGAGCAACCAGAGGAACUAAAACUGAAGAAGAUUCCGGAAAAGAAGCUCGAAGAAUUUGAUGAAAUUCCUAAGAAGACUGAGCAUAAGGAAACAACAGAGGAUGUACCAAAAAAGAAGAAAUCAGAAAAAAUUCCAAAACUGCAGCCGGAAAAUUUUAAGCCAACUGACUUUGAGAGGCCGGAGCUAGAGGAAUAUGUUCCCGCUGAAGAGGAAGUUCGAGAAAAACCUGAAGAUGAGGUUGUUCCUAAGCCCUACAAAAGACCAAAGAAAAAGAAGCCGGAUCAGGAGAUUGAACAGAUUCCUUUAGUGAUGGGUAAGCCCAGGCCAGACGAACCUGAAGAGCAGCCGGACGUUAAGUUUAGAAUACCAAAAGUAGAGAAACCAGAAGAUCAGCCCAAAGAAAUAACUCUUAAGCCUUGGACGAAAGAUAAGCCUGAAGAAGAAGCCGUAGAGGAAAAAGUCCCAAAAGAUAAACAACAACCUAAAGAUGAUGAUGAAGAAGAUAUCAUAAAGCCUAAGCUUAAAACGAAAGUUCCCAAAGACACAAAGAUUAAAGCUUUUGAAGAUCUAUCUCAGGAUGUUCCCGAUGAAAAGAAAGAAAUUACCGAUGAAGUUCUAGAAGAGAAAGAAACAACUGAAGAAAUCACACCUCUUAAACCAAAGAAGUCGAAAGCAAAGGAAGAAAUUAUUCCCAAGGAAAAUAUUGAAGCAACUGAAGUAGUUCCCGGAGAUACCGUUGAAAUACUUCCAGAGGAGAAGCUACCGCUUGAAGAGAAAGCAGUACCCACGGAAGAAGAAGUAGAAGAUACUACUUUGGUUAUAACGGAUGCUCCCAAAGAGAAAGUUGGUAAGAAAAAGAAGAAGGUUCCGAAAGAGAUUCCAGAUGAAGUUAAAAAACCUAGGGGCACAACAGAAGAUGUUCCAAUUGAAGAGAUGCCAGAAGAACAACCGACUGAGAAAAUUCCAGAGAAAGAAAUUGAAACUGUAUCCGUAGAAACUGAAACAGUCUAUGAAGGACAACCAUUAGAUGAACUUUCAGAGAAGAAAACCAAAAAGUUAGAUCAAGAGUUUGAGGAAUUAAAAAAAGUUCCUUUGGAAGAAAUAGAAGACAAAUCGGUUUACGAGCGGCAACCCAAGAAACCUAAGGAGGAAGAGAAACCAAAAGAGAAAGUUAAGAUCGGCAAAGGGAAGGUUCCUGAAAAGGAAGAAGAGCAACCAGAGGAACUAAAACUAAAAAAGAUUCCGAAGAAAAAGUUCGAAGAAGUUGAUGAAAUUCCUAAGAAGCCUAAGCCUAAGGAAACAACAGAGGAUGUACCUAAAAAAAAGAAAUCAGAAAAAAUUCCAAAUCUGCAGCCGGAAGAUUUUAUAUCAACUGACUUUGAGAGGCCCCAACUUGAGGAAUAUAUUCCCGUUGAAGAAGAAGUUUCAGAAGAACCUGAAGAUGAACACACUCCUAAGCCUUACAAAAGACCAAAGAAAAAGAAGCCUGAUCAGGAAUUCGGGCAGAUUCCAUUAGUUAUGGGGAAGCCUAAGCCAGAUGAACCUGAAGAGCAGCCGGACGUUAAGUUUAGAAUACCAACAGCAGAGAAACCGGAAGAUCAGCCUGAAACGAUUACGCUCAAGGGAUGGAAGAAAGAUAAACCUGAAAAUGAAGGCACUGAUUUCUUCCCAGAAGUAUCGCCAGUUACAGCGCCGAAGGCUUCAGAAGACACAGAGGAAGUUGCUCUUAAGCGAAAGAAAAAACCAAAAAAACCAGUUGAUGAAGAAGAAGAGACAGUUGUAGUAGCAGAAAUUACUGAUGAAGUAGUUAUCAAUAAGAAACCGAAGGAUGAGCCUGUCAUUGAAGAAAUUUCAGAGGAAGUAACAGUAAAGAAACGGGCCCCUGAAGAAGAAAAGAUAUCUUUAACUGAAGAAGGUGAAGUUGAUGUUGUUAUUAAGAAAAAAUCCAAAAAGAAACCGGUGAUUAAAGAAGUUGAUGACGAAGUCAGCAUUAAGAAACCUAUUUUUGAGGAGGAAGACAAGUUUAUCGAAGAAGUCGUUGAGAAAGUUACCCUUAAGAAGAAACCUAAGAAAAAGCCGGUAGAAGAAGAAAAACCUGAAGAAAUUACGAUUAACAAACCGGAACCAGAAGAAGGUGAAGUAACACAACCUGAAGACGUUUAUGCUGAGGUUGCUCUCAAAAAGAAACCAAAGAAGAAACCAGUAGACGAAGAAACAGCAGAAGAGAUAACUAUUAUCAAACCAAAACUAGAAGAAGCUGAAAUUCAACAACCUGAAGAAGUACAAACAGAGGUUUCACUUAAAAAGAAACCAAAGAAGAAACCAGUUGUUGAAGAAGCUACCGACGAAGUAACUAUUAAGAAACCUGUUGCCGAGAAAGAAGAAGAGAACGUGGUUGAAGUCGUCGAGGAAGUUUUUACUCUUCAAAAGAAGCCAAAGAAGAAGCCUGUCGAAGAAGAGACAACAGAAGAGAUCACUAUUUCCAAACCAAAACCGGAAGAGGCUGAAAUUAAACAACCAGAAGAAGUACAAGCUGAGGUUUCACUCAAAAAGAAACCAAAGAAGAAACCAGUUGUUGAAGAAGCUGCCGACGAAGUAACUAUUAAGAAACCUGUUGCUGAGGAAGAAGAAGAGAAAUUGGUUGAAGCAAUCGUUGAGGAAGUUGUUACUCUUCAAAAGAAGCCAAAGAAGAAGACGGUCGAAGAAGAGACAACAGAAGAGGUCACUAUUUCCAAACCAAAACCGGAAGAAGCUGAAAUUAAACAACCAGAAGAAGCACAAGCUGAGGUUUUACUCAAAAAGAAAACAAAGAAGGAACCAGUUGUUGAAGAAGCUGCUGACGAAGUAUCUAUUAAGAAACCUGUUGCCGAGGAAGAAGAAGAGAAAGUUGUUGAAGAAGUCGUCGAGGAAGCUUUUACUCUUCAAAAGAAACCAACAAAAAAGCCUAGGGAGGAAGAGACAACAGAAGAGAUCACUAUUUCGAAACCAAAACCAAAAGAAGCUAAAAUUAAACAACCAGAAGAAGUACAAGCUGAGGUUUCACUAAAAAAGAAACCAAAAAAGAAACUGGUUGUUGAAGAAGCUGGUGACGAAGUCACUAUUAGGAAACCUGUUUUCGAGGGAGAAGAAGAGAAAAUUAUCGAGGAGAUCGUUGAAGAAGUUACUCUUCAAAAGAAACCAAAGAAGAAGCCAGUAGAAGAAGAAACAACAGAAGAGAUAACUAUUAUUAAAACAAAACCAGUAGAAGCUGAAAUUCAACAACCUGAAGAAGUACAACUUGAGGUUUCACUUCAAAAGAAACCCAAAAGGAAACCGGUUAUUGAAGAAGCUUCUGAUGAAGUGACUAUUAGGAAACCCGUUGUGAAAGAAGAGGAAGAGAAAGUGCUCGAAGAAGUCGUUGACGAAGUUCUUACUCUUAAAAAGAAGCCAAGGAAGAAGCCAGUAGAGGAGGAGACAACAGAAGAGAUCACUAUUACCAAACUAAAACCAGAAGACACUGAAAUAAUUCAAACUGAGGAUGUGCAAGCGGAUCUUUCAAUUAAAAAGAAACUGAAGAAGAAACCAGGUAUUGAAGAAUCUGCUGACGAAGUGACUAUUAGGAAACCUGCUGUAGAGAAGGGAGAAAAAGACGUGGAUGAAAUUUUGAUGGAAACCACUCUUAAGAAGAGACCGAAGAAGAAAAAGAGUAUUCCUGAAGACGUGAUGGAUGAAGUUACGAUAAAGAAACCAGUCCUUGAAAAAGAGGAAGACAAACCAGAAGAAGUUUCUCAAGAGAUUACAUUAAAGAAAAAACCAAAGAAAAAACCAGUCACAGAAGAAGUGGCAGAUGAAAUAACUAUUGAGAAGCCAGUCAUAGAAGAAGAGAAAAAGGUUAUUGAAGGUGAGAUUGUUGAAGAAAUAACUAUGAAAAAGAAACCGAAAAAGAAGAAGAGCGUUCCUGAAGAUAUAAUUGAUGAAGUUACAAUAAAAAAACCGGUUGAAAAAACAGAAGAAGAAAAGCCAGAAGAUGUAUCUGAGGAUGUGAAACUAAAGAGGAUAAAGAAACCGAAGCCAGUAUUGGAUGAAGCUGCUAAAGAAUUAACCAUUCAAAGAGUGCAGGAAAUUCCUGGGUCUAAAGAAGAUGUUAUUGAAGAAUUCACUAUUAAACGAAAACCUCCUAAAAAGGCACCUAAGCCAAUUGAAGAAAUUUACGAGGACGUUACCAUACGUAAACUGCGACCAAAGAGAAAGCCACGAACUGAUCUUAAGGAAGUAACUGAAGCUGAAACUGUUAUUUUCAGACCUCGACAAACAAAAACAAAGGAGGAUGUUGAACAAGAAUUUAAAAUAUCUUUGAAUACCUACGAAGAAGAAGAUAUUUCUAUGUCAGGAAAGGUACGGUUGAAACCAAAGAGACGCCCACAAACAUAUUCUGAAGAAGCCGGCGAAGAAACAAUACGUAUUACGCAGGAAUAUGCAGACGAUACUGGUCCAGUAAUCGAAGAAAUUAUAGAUGAAUCUGAUAGAGAAGAAUACAGCAUUGAUGAGCUAGGAACUGAUGAAAUGAAUCUACCUCUGCGCCGGAAAAAACAAAUACAACAAAAACCAUACUCCAUAGAAGAAAUUGAAGAAGAUGAUGUUAAAAUGAAUCUAAAACGUGAUAGAAAGUAUUCAUAUGAAGAAACUGAUGAAUCCUUGGCUUUAAAAUUAAAGUCAAAACGACGGGUAUCAACCUACGAUGAAGAAGAAGCUAGUCUCAGUAUUACCAGGGAAUUAGAUAUUGCAGAAGAAGAAGUCGAGUAUGUCGUUCAAGAUGGUGACACACUCUUUUCCAUUUGUUCCUAUGUGGCAGAGACAGACGAAGCUAUUAACUUAGUAGAGGGAGAAAGAGUUUAUCUAAUAGAACAUACGAACUCCGACUGGUGGUUUGUCAAGAAACACCUAACACAAGAGAAGGGUUGGGUACCAGCACAGUAUUUGCUAGAUGAAGCGAACUACACACUUUAUGUCCAACGCAAAUUAAAUGAAAAGAUUGAUAAACUCCCAGUCUUUGAGAAACCAGGUCCAGGAGAAAAAGCUUCUGCGCCCCGUUUCAUCGAAAAAUUGCAACCAAUUCAUACGCCCGAUGGUUACACUGUACAAUUUGAAUGUCAAGUUGAAGGCUUACCAAGACCCCAGAUAACCUGGUUCCGACAAACCGCAAUAAUCAAACCCACACCAGACUUCCAAAUGUAUUACGAUGAAGACAGCGUGGCAACUCUUAUAAUCAGAGAAGUAUUUCCCGAAGAUGCUGGAACAUUCACUUGUGUAGCCAAAAAUGCAGCUGGAUUUGCUUCCAGCACUACAGAAUUAAUUGUAGAAGCACCGCUAUCUGAACACGGUUCUGACGUAACCGGUCUAUCUAGAAAGAGUCUUUCAAGAGAAUCCUCCCUUGCUGAUAUAUUAGAAGGUAUUCCACCAACCUUCUCGCGAAGGCCAAAGGCUAAAUGCGUUAAUGAAGGUCAGGAUGUAAUUCUUGACUGUCGUCUGGUUGCAGUACCGGAGCCAGAAAUAACUUGGUUCUAUGAAGAAAAACGCAUUAUAAGCAAGGAAAACAUAGUUGUAGUCACUGAAAGUGAUAUGCAUAUGUAUUGCAGCGUCAUGAAAAUCACUAAAGUUCAGAAAAAACAAGAAGGACGCUAUAAGAUCGUGGCGAAGAACAGAGAGGGAGAAGCUACUAUCGAAAUUCCUCUAAAGGUGAUGACUGGAGAACUGGAGCCACCAGAAAUUCUUGAACCAUUGAAACCUUUCGCGGUGAGAGAAGGCGAAACUGUAGUCCUAACGACGCAAAUAGUUGGCAAUCCAGCUCCUAAGGUCAAAUGGUUGAAGGACGGACAGCCACUAGAAGGAUUAACGCCUAAAAGUGAUGGCGAUGUCAAUACUUUGACCCUCAUUCAACCCCAGUUGUCUGAUUCAGGAGAAUAUUCAGUUAUAGCAACCAAUGAUCUUGGAACCGCAGAAACUCGUGCCAGUCUAACUGUCGAAGAAAUGCCAAGUGGCGCACCAGAACCACCACUCUUCACUGAACGAUUCCAAGAAGUUAUAGUUCCAGAAAAAGGUACAUUCAAACUGGUGGCUAAAGUGACCGGCAAUCCAGUUCCUCUAGUCUCAUGGUUAAGAAACAACAAACCACUUGAGAAGUCUCCAAACAUCACAGAAAGUUACGAUGGAGAGAACAUAGCGCUGGAAAUUAAAAAUGCUGAUUCAGAAGUUGAUUCUGGAGACUACAAGUGUGUUGCUGUUAAUCCAGUUGGCAAGGCUUCUCACGGUGCGAAGGUUACUGUAGAUGUUGAUAAAGUAACCUUUACAAAGAAACUGGAAAAGAAAGUUACCAUUGACGAAUAUAAGCCGCUAGAAUUAACAUGCGAAACAUCCCACACGGUUUCGACUACCUGGUGGCACAAUGGUAAGGAAAUCAGCGGUAUGGAUCAUCGGGAAAUCAUUCAGGAAGGACGGACACAUAAACUGUUUAUUAAAAAGUCCAGUCCUACUGAUGAAGGAACGUAUAAAUGUACAGUAAAGAAUCAGAAGACAACAUGUGAUGUUACUGUUAAAGCUACGAAACCGGAGUUCGUGAGAAAAUUGCAGGACUUCGAAGUGAUAGAACGUGAAGUAGCAAUCCUAGAAGUAGAAAUCACUUCACAGACUGCUGAGGUCACAUGGCUUAAGGAUGGUAUUCCACUGAAACAGGCUGAAGAAAAAAUAGAGUUUGUUAAGGAGGGAACUGUUCGGAAGUUGCUUAUUAGAAGCACUUCUGUUCAUGAUGAGGGAGAAUAUGCUUGUACUCUUAUCGAUCAAGAAUGUACUGCAGAAGUCACUGUAGUUGAAUUACCACCUGAGAUCAUAAACAAGAUGACAGACGUCAGGAUAGCUAAAGGUGAAAAGGCUACUUUUGAAAUUGAACUUACGAAAGGAGAUGCACUAGUGAAAUGGUUCAAGGAUGGCGAAGAACUUAAAUUUUCAGAGCACGUCCAAUUAUCCAUUGAUGGAAAGCGACAGAAACUUAAAAUAUACAAUUCUGAAAUCGAAGAUGCUGGCGUUUAUUCUUGUGAAGUCGGCAAGCAAACUUCUUCAGCUAAAUUAAUAGUUGAAGAACCGCAGGUCGAAUUUGUUAAGAAAUUACCUGAUGUCACUUUGGUACCUCUGAACGCAGAUGUUGUUUUCACGGUAGAGCUUUCCCAGCCAGAUGUUCACGUUCAAUGGUUCAAAAAAGGAAAAGAAAUUAAGGAAUCGCCUAAGUAUACGAUCAUAGAUGAAGGACCUGUUAAAAAACUCAUUGUAAAGAAAUGUACUGUUGAAGAUGCCUACGAGUACAGCGUCGUUGCAAUAAACGUGAAAUCAUCUUCCAAAUUGAAGGUCGAAAUUAUCGAAACACCACCAAAAAUAAACAUGGAUUCGCCAAAAUUGUACAAAGUCAAAAAGGGCGAGGACGUGGAAAUCAAUGUCAAGUUUUCUGCAUCACCUAUGCCAACUGAAGAAUGGACUGUUAAUGGUCGUGUUGUAUCUAAAACUAAACGAAUCAUUCCAACUAUACAAGAAGAGUCAGUGACUUUGACAAUAAAAAAAAUUGAAGAAAAGGAUAUUGGUAAUUACACUCUAAAACUUGUCAACUCACAUGGCGAAGCAGAAAUUGAUAUCAAAGUCGUUAUUGUUCAAGUACCAAGUCCACCACGCAAACCAGAACCUUCCGAAGUGACAGAUGAUACGAUCAUACUUCAUUGGAAAGAACCAGAAUCUGAUGGAAAUUCGCCCAUCACAGAGUACAUUUUGGAAUAUCACGAUCGAGAGGAAUCAUCUUGGACCGGUGUUACCGAGAAGAUAACUGAAACAUCCCACAAAGUAACACAAUUAACAACCAAAAAGGAAUAUACCUUCCGUGUAAAAGCGGUGAAUGAAGUAGGUCCAAGUGAACCUUCUCCGAACUCUGAAUUCAUUAAAAUCAAUAAGCCUAUGGACCCUGAACCACCGAAUAUUCUGGAACCACUUAAGAGCAUCACGACAGGGUUGAAAACCACUGUCUCGUUCUCAUGUGUCAUCGGAGGCACACCAAUUCCCGAUGUCACAUGGUUGAAGGAUGAUAGUCCAUUCAAACACAAAAACAUAACUUAUGAAAACCGUGUUGCCAAGUAUACCAUUGAAGAAACUACCGAGACUUCUGCAGCAACAUUUACUGUAAAGGCAGAAAAUUAUGUUGGUACAGCUGAAACUACUUGUCAACUGAAGAUUCAAGAACCACCAACAGUUACAGUAGAUGAGGCUCUUAUUUCACAAAAGAUCAACGCUGCUAGCCAAUGGAAAGUCGAAGCUAAAUCAACAGGAUUCCCAAAACCAGAAAUUACGUGGACAAAGAACAAGCAAACUAUUGUAGACAAACGUGUUUCAAUUUACACAGAAGAAACAUCUUCGACUAUUUCGAUAUACUCUUUGACGAGAGAAGACUCUGGAACUUAUACUAUAAAAGUAGAAAAUGAAGCUGGAAGUGCGUGGGAGGAGAUAAAUCUAAAAGUUAUUGAUAAACCUAGUAAGCCUCAAGGUCCAAUAAACAUUAAAAAAUUCCAACCUGAUCGAGUCACCAUUGAAUGGAAACCACCAACUGAUACAGGUGGACUCGAUCUCAAUCAUUACACUAUAGAAAAAUGUGAUCCAAACAAAAAAGUGUGGAUGAAGGUAGCCGAUGUCGAUCCGGAUACCACAAGCUUCUGUAUUGAAAAACUACAACAGGAUUCGGAAUAUGUGUUUAGGGUUAUAGCCAGAAACGAUGUUGGUGCCUCCGAAGGGUUGGAAUCUGAACCUGUAAUGAUAACAUCUUCAUGCGACAAACCAGGAACACCAAGAGGACCUUUGGAAGUAUCAGGUAUGACGAAAACAUCUUUCACGAUAGGGUGGGAACCACCAGAAUAUGAUGGCGGAACACCAAUCAUCGAAUACAUCGUGGAGAUGAAGGAAACUCUCCAGAGUACUUGGAAGAAGGUUGGCAGCGCAAAAGAUGGAGUUACACAUUUCAGUUCCUCAGACUUAAAGACAGAUGUGUCCUACGACUUCAGGAUAUCAGCAAGGAACAAGGUUGGUACAGGACCAGCUUAUGUGUCCGAAGAACCAAUCGUUGCCGGAAAACGUCUUAAAAUAACAAAAAUUACGGCUAGUACAUUUUAUGCACUGCUUGGCACAUUUUCAUAUGGUUCAACCGUCGUUUGCCAAACACCACCUUCGUGUCCACGAAACGUAACCGUGGCCAACGUUACUAGUAGAAGUGUCACUUUAAAUUGGUCUCCACCAACAAGUACAGGAGGAGCCGAUAUUACAGGAUACGUUAUUGAAAGACGACCAUUAAUUGGAAGGGCUGGGAAGUGGACCAAAGUAGCUACACUGGAUGCUGUAACUAAUACCUACUUUGUAGAAAAUCUCAAGGAAAGUGAAUUCCUAUUCAGGAUAUUUGCAGAAAAUAGCAUCGGUCUUAGUCCACCAGCGACCUCAGAACCAGUCACCUUACAAACUCAUGCUUUGGUACCAUCUCCACCAACGGCACCAUUAGAAAUUAGACAAAUUGCUGGAAACACAAUUUCUAUUGAAUGGGGUCGACCUGAAUUCGAUGGUGGUGCACCCUUGGAGGGUUAUAAGAUCGCAAUCAGGGACGUGAAGAAAACCAUGUGGAUGGAAGUAGGUCGUGUUAAGGCCGAUAUUCAAAAAUUGACGAUAAGAGACCUUCAAGAGACGCAUGAAUACCUUUUGAGAAUAUUCGCAAGGAAUGAAAUCGGAUUCAGUGAACCACUGGAAUCUGAAGAACCAAUCAAAAUCGUCCCUGCGACUGAAUUAACUGUAAUCGAGCCAGUUGCCGAAACCCCAGAUCGAGGAGAAAACACAUCUGUAAGUUACAGCACAGAAAAUACAAGUUCCUGGCUGCGAGAUCAUAACAUGGAUGCAGACAUUCACUCUUAUGCUAGAGCGAGGUUAUUGAGAAAGGACGAAUACUUCUUCAAAAUAUGGCAUUACGCCAAAAAACUUUUUGAAUAAGCUUUCCUUAUCAUUAUAAACAAUGUUCUUUCUCUUUCUUAAAUCUCUUUUUAUUUUGAAAUAAGAAGCACUGCGAUGAGACUAAUCAAUGUCGUGAAAUCUACGGGUUUCUCGAUUUUUCCCUUAUUCCUUUUUAUAGAAGUCUAAAGUAUAUGUAGCGACUAGAUCCAAUAAAUUAGCAUGUAUGCGGGUACAAAACUACUUUUGUGAGUACCAAUGAGUGUAGAAUCUAGUCAGCAUAAACGGGAAGAAAGUUUUCUUUAAUUAUUUAUUUAUUCUUGUGUUUAUUUUUUUUUCUUAAACGGACCAAUGAUUCCAGAAGGAAUAUGUAGAAUCACCGAAAGAUAGGUACAGAUUUUCCAGAUUGCGGAAAACUUUAUCUGUGUUUUUCGAUCAGCAGUUGGUGUAAACCCUGCGCGCAUACAGAAAUUAUUAAUGGCAAGAGUGCGAAUCUCUUACUUGCGCGAAAACCCGUUGAGAAGUUUGUUUUAAAGAAAUAUAUUAUAUAUAUGUAAAGAGAACCUAAACUUGAAAGCCGGAUGUCGGUGCGACUAUUUCCGAAUUGCUAAGAAUAUGUAUGAAUAUCAAGAAAUAGUAGCACGGAGAAAUGUGAUAGCCGAACGUCCGUAAAACACGUUUAAUAUUUAUAAGGGAACGUAUUGAACCCUGUUGUGUAUUUAUAUAUUGCUUGCAACGAGACUACCGUAUUUAUUAUAUUAUAUUAUGUUAUUAUUUACUAUUAACGUUAUCCUAAUAUUGUUAAUUUUUAAUUGCUAUCGACAAGUCUGUAAAUCCAAAAUACCUACGAAAUAGAGAAAUGCCACGCAGUGUUGGUACCCCGAGACGUAAAGAUAUAGGUGCAAAACAACAGCAUUCACAACCAACGCUGUGUCGCAUACUCUAAAAUUUACUGUAACACGUAAGUUAAGAAAGAUUAAAUUAUUGCAAAUGAA